AUGGCUUCGACUUUCUCACACGACAGUCCUGUGCGCGUGUCUACCAUCCCUGGAUCCGAGGCGGCGGCAGCAGCAGUGGCAUCAUCUUCUACCUACAGGCGGGUAUCGACGACAACCUCUGCGACGACCUCGCCAGGAUCUAGAAGACCUUCUGGUGACUCGUACCUCCCGACACCUCAAUCAGGUUCAUUGUUCAGGCAGCAACAGCAACAAAUGCAGUCGCAGUCGCAUUCGCAGCAGCGUCCCCCUCAACUACCGCUUCCACAUUCCACGUCUCAUUCAUCGAGUCAUCCGAGCUCUCAUUCUGCUUCUUAUAAUUCUUCAAACUCUCCACAUCCCAACCAAUCACCUCAUCCGACGCUCUCUCCCGGCAUUUCGCCACAUCCUCAAAUGUCAAAUCAUCUCUUGACGCCAGAUAUGAGUGAUCAUUCUGGAUCCCCUCAAUUCGCAGGACCCAGUACCUAUCGUCGGACACCAGAUUUGCACUCACCCCUUUCUCAUGCAGAUUAUGACGAUCUACAUGCCAGAGGCUUGGUACAUGACCCAUCGACACCGGCGAGAGGGUCGAAACCCAGGGGCAGGAUGACAGCUCAGGGAGAACAGGUCAUGAUGGAUGGUAUGGAGAGAAUGCAAGUGGAUGAGGGCGAUGGGAGGAUAGGCACUGAGGAUCCAUUCGCCGAGCGCUCGUAUACAGAGCUCAAAGUGCUUGGUGAUGGAUCAUUCGGGACAGUGUGGCUGUGCGAUUGGCAUUCACCAGUCAAACCCAAUGUUCUCUUAUCAGCGAUGCAAUGUGGCGCAGGCGCCAGACCAGAAUGGGCAGGGAAGAGGCUAGUCGCUCUCAAGCGGAUGAAGAGAGUGUGGGACGGCGGCUGGUCACAGGCCAGGAAUCUCGGCGAGAUCUACUCUCUCAGCCGUAUACCGCAACAUCCCGCCAUCAUCCCUCUUUACGACGCAUUCAUCUCACCCAAAUCCAAAGAACUCUACUUUGUCUUCGAGUGUAUGGAAGGCAACCUCUAUCAACUGACUAAAUCUCGUCGCGGUCGACCUCUCGCCGCGGGUCUCAUUGCCAGUUGUUUCCACCAGGUCGUCUCGGGUCUGCACCACAUUCAUCGCUAUGGUUACUUUCAUCGCGAUAUGAAGCCUGAAAACUUAUUGGUCACUACCACAGGCCUCGCCGAUUACUUGACAGCAUCUACAUUGACUCAGAUCAAUAGCGAUCCUGGAGGUACUGAUAGCAGUACGUAUCAGUACGAAAAGGACGUCAGCGUCAUAAUCAAACUGGCGGAUUUUGGUCUGGCAAGAGCGAUCACGUCGAAACCGCCUUACACCGAGUAUGUCUCGACUCGAUGGUAUCGUGCGCCCGAGGUCCUCCUGCGUUCAACGGAAUAUGGUGCUCCCGUCGACAUGUGGGCUCUAGGGACUAUCCUGGCCGAAAUGCUCAAUCUCAAGCCUCUGUUCCCCGGAGUCAGCGAAAUUGAUCAAGUCUACAGGAUCACAGAUACGCUCGGUGACCCAAGUACAGAUUAUGGUGUCGAUGAGCGAGGCAAGGUGAUUGGUGGAGGUGCUUGGGUGUCUGGCGUCAAGCUGGCCAAGAACGUCGGCUUUGCCUUUCCCAAGCGUAAUCCUGUUAAAUUCCGGUCCCUAUUCAAUGAGAACGUGCCUCAAUCGCUAGUCGACUGCAUCGCCGACUUACUACGUUACAAUCCAAAGUACCGAAUGACCUCGGCUCAGUGCAUCGACCAUCCCUACUUUCACGAAACUCUCCCACACCUUCAACAAACCCCGCCUCUGCCUCGCAUCCCAUUCUCUCAAGGACAGCCACUGCAUCGGAUCGUGCAACCGCCUCUUCACGAUCUCAACGCGCCUCCCAGAGCCGUUCCCCCAAGUCAUUCGCACCACGAAGCCCGACCAGCAUUUGCCAAUGGGGAUAUGCGCACCUUGCCACCUCCUGUGGGCACCCCUGAUCAUUCCAAGAAUAUCUUUUCUGGACCGGAUUCGUACGAACCAUCUGCACUCGUUAAUCAAUUACGACAACUGGAUCUCCCAACGGAGGACUUGGCAUCGUAUGGUCACCGACCUCCUCCCUCUCCUGUCGCAAGCUCAGUGUACACUACCGGAGGCGAUGCAACGCUGGGCCCAGCGCAACGAACACGAGCUUGGGCAGAGGACACUCGUCAACAGGUGCUUCAGCCGGUCCCGAAACAGCAGCCGCAGCAGCAACAGCAUCACCACGCAAGCUCUCAUUAUGCUCACAUGAACGCAAGUCAAGCCAAGGUCGCCGCGUUUGUGGAACAACAACAAUCCAUCUUGGUCUAUGAAGAUGGGACACCUCGGCAGACGGGUCCUGGGCCAUUACCACCCAUGCCACCUCUCAUGGAUUCUCCGAGUGACUCACCGAGUGCCUCAAGUUCGAAGCUGGCCUCUCUCACAGUUGGAAAGAAGAAAAAGUGGGGCCUAUCCAGUGUGUUUAGUCGAGACGACAAGAGCUCUCAAACGCUUGCGCCAGUUGACGAACAUGGCUAUAUGGUCUCUUCGCCUGGCUCAUCCUUGAAGCGCACUCAGUCUGGCAGCCGACCUAGCGAUCGCGAGAUGCCAGCAAUGACAUUGGCAGCUCCGAUCGAGGAUCCAAAGAAGGCCAAGAAGGAAGCUGAGCUGGCUCGUCGCGAAGCUGAAAAGGCUAAACGAGAGGCUGCUGCUAGGAUGCAAAAGGAACGUGCGAGAGCAGUCAUGAUGAAGCGACAACAAAUGUUGAACGAGCAAGUGUCGGUCAAGGAUCCUCAUAUCGAAUACAAGUCUGGAUUCACCGUGACGCCAGAAACCAAGCCAUCUGUUCCUCAGGUUCAAGCUCAUCCGCCGCCCAUCUCUCAACAUGCCUCUGCUUCUCAAUCUACUCGAAGUCUUCAUAACUCGCCUGCUAGGGAUCUACGGCAUACAUCGACCUACCCCAUGUCACAGAGUGCCACGUCAGUCAGAUCUCACGAAUCUAAGCGGUCUGCUGCUCAGGGUAGUCUGCAUUCUGGUCAUUCUCAAUCUCACCCAUCGUUACCGCUCAAAGACCCUCUUGGUCUGCCGUCCCGACACAAGGCUAGACGUAGAGACGAUGACGACGAUCAUUCCAUGUCGAGCUUUGAUCACAAUUCUCUGAGGAGCAGAAGUGUCCUUACAGUCGGCACGAUUGAUAGCGAUCCCGGUCCGAUGAAUCACCAUCGAUCAGAGUCCCAUCUUCCGUUCGCCUACUCUAAAGAUCCCUUGCUCGCCAAACGGUCCAUGUCAUCUAUGCACCAAAUGAGUUCACGUUUAGCCAACAUGUCAAACCCUUCACUCGAAUCUCAGCUCGCACAUGAUUUCCAAGCUCGUGCUACCGUCGCUUCUGGCUCUACUACCUCCUUGGGUCAACAUGGUCGAUCGACAGCUUCGUUGGGUCAAUAUGGCCUGACUCGAUCGACAGACCAAUACGAUAUGAUGACGCAUCAGAAUCAACUGUUUGCAAAUGCUGUCGGGGGUCAAGGAUCAGCACCUACAAGUCCUUACGGUCACCCAAAGGGGACUGCUGUAUCCCAUGGCGUAGGCAUGGGUCGUCAUGCACCCAUGCCUCACGGCGUGGGCAUGACCAUCCAAGAGGGUCAAGAGGUUAUCAACCCAAUGUUUCAGGUCGUGAGUACAUUCUGUCGUCUCUCGUUACCUCAGACGCAAGGACUAAUAGUUGUUGUCUUUUUUCAGCCUGCGCCGGCUAGCCAAGAACAAAAUAACUCUUCAGGAACUACAUUACCGCCGUUUUCGGCCAUUGCACGAGUGGCAGAUUCAAGUCAUCAGCAUCAGCAGCAGCAGCAACAUCGCUAGUUGUGCAACGGGGCCUUGUAAGGGAUAUGAUGCGCAUGGGAGAUGCGGGUUAUGAGAUCUGGAACGUGCGGCGAUCGAGAUUGAGAAGACGGCGGGACUAAGCUCGCUAAUGGCCUGAGGGCAGCAGAUAGCAGUGGACCAGUUGUAAUUCACCCUUAUGUUGAUGGGUAAUGCAAAAUCUCUUGCCGCGCGCGAGCUGUAAGCUUGUGGUCCCUCCGACGAGCCAAAUACUG